AUGCUGCGUCGGGCCGGUGAUGUGUCAGUGCAAUCAGGCCGUGCGGCUACAGUGGCAGGCCGCGUGUUUGUGUCGGGUGGCUUUAGUAGCUCCUCGACAGGCGGAGCGGUGUCUGUGUCUAGUGGCGCUGGUAGUGUGUCGAGCGGUGCUGUGUCGAUUGGGAGCAGUGCUGCUAGCGCUGUGUCUGGUUCUGGUGAGGUGUCGAUUGUGUCUGGCGACGCGUUCGAUGGCGGUUCCGGCGCAGUGCGUGUGUCCAGCGGCUCUAGCAGCACAGGGUCCGGGGGCUCAGUUAACGUUGUGGGCGGGCCUAGCGGCGCGGCGGCAUCGGGAGGCAAUGUUCUCGUGGGUGGCGGUGGGUCGUACACGGGAUCUUCCGGGUCCGUGGACGUGAGCGGUGGUUCUUCGUCGUCGAGCGGGUCUGGCGGAGCUGUUCGUGUGUCUGGCGGCUCGUCAUCGAGUGGCGUCGGCGGCAAUGUGACUGUGUCGAGCGGCGACUCCGGGAGCAGUGCGGUUGGCAGCAGCGUGUUUGUCCGCAGUGGUUCUGGCGGCAGCUUGAGCCUCGUCCAGGGCGACAGCAGUGCUGUUGGUGCCGAUGUGGAGUUGCGUGGCGGCAGUGUGGCCAGCGUGGACGCAGCGCAAAAGUUGAAGAUCGUCGGGUCUGCGAACGCUCAAGGAAGAGCGGGCGACGUGUUUAUUGAUGGCGGGUCGUCCGUCGCCACUGUGGGUGGUGCGGUGUUGCUGACAAGCGGCGGCGGUGCCAUGACCAGUGGCGACGUGCGUGUGUCCACGAGUGUCCGGGUCCGCUGA